UAUAUACCAAAGCCCACUCUGUCUUCUCCUCACAAGCUCAACCUCAGGAAGCCAUAGUCAUGGGACACCACAGCUGCUGCAACCAGCAGAAAGUGAAAAGGGGCCUCUGGUCACCUGAGGAGGACCAGAAGCUUCUCAAUUAUAUCAACAAUCAUGGCUAUGGCUGCUGGAGUGAAGUCCCACAAAAAGCAGGAUUGCAACGUUGUGGGAAGAGUUGCAGGCUUCGUUGGAUCAACUACUUGAGGCCUGAUAUCAGGCGUGGGAAAUUCAGUCCCGAAGAAGAGGAGCUUAUUAUAAAUUUGCAUGGCAUGGUUGGAAACAGGUGGGCACACAUAGCAACUCACUUACCAGGAAGAACAGAUAAUGAAAUCAAGAACUACUGGAAUUCAUGGAUAAAGAAGAAGCUGGAGAAGUCUGGAAUGGACUACAAACUACCCAUUGAUACAACUACCACAACAGCUACUAGAGCUGAAAUGUCACAAAUUUUAAAAGAGCAAGCUGCAGAGAAAAAGUACACACCCUUUCCCCAAGCUCAGUCUUACAGUGCUGUUCAGCAAGAAAAUGUUCCCAACAAUAGCUUUGUAAUGGACAGAUCACUGUAUAACUAUAACAUGAAUGAAAAGGAUUCUAACAACAAGCAAGUUCCAGAUUCAGAUCUAAAUUUCUGGUUCUUCGAUAAUAUGUUUAAUUCUGAUAGACAACCAUGCUUAGAAUACAACAAUGGCCCCAUUACUGUCAAGAAUAACCAUAACCAUAACCAUUCUGAAGAAUUCAGAGGAACUUCAGUUCCUAAAAAUGAAAUCUUUCUCAACUACUAUAAUAACUCCAAUGAUUUGAUGAUCAAUGCAGAGGACUUGUCCCACAUUCUAUCCACAUCUGAAAUCCCUUCUCCACCAUCAAAUUUCAUUCUUGAACAUUCUGACUGCAAUACCAAUACCUUGCCAGUUAUGUCCCACCCCGUGAUGAACUUAAUAAAUAUGGGCACCACCAUUGUUACAGAUUCUUGUCUGACCCCAUCUGUGCAGGAUGAAGAUCAACAAGCCCAAUCUAAUCUUUCUUGUUUGUCUCAGCUGGUAUAUCCUACCGAGGAUUGGGAAGGAACUGGUACUGUGAAAUUUGAUGGGGAAGAAGCCCAAAUAAUGCGUAGUUUCAGCAGCAGCUCAAAAGAGCUUCAGGAUCUGAUCCCACAAGGAGAAUCCUUACAUUUGUAUGAGGACCCACAGUGUCUCGUGUUUCCUUCAGAGCAGUUUAAUAAUUCUACUCUGAUGAUGGAUCAUGCAGCAUGAUCCAAAACAUCUAUGAAAAAAUCUGCAAGCAGUGUGAAAUCUAUUAUGCCUAUCUUCAUGAAUUGAUAAUUCGGGCAUGCCAAAGAUCUCUGGAACUUUUUGGUAUGACAGGACUCCUAUCUAGAAUUAAUGGGUUUGCAGAGUGGAUAGAAAUUUUCUGUGCUAUUGGGUUUCUGUUAUCAAAUAACCAAGUACAAAUUGUGUGUUUUUCUUAUGUAUUGAUCAAUUUAACAAUGCAGAGCCAGUACCCCUCUUCGAAUUCAGUGGACAAUGUUCCAAGAACUGUGUGGUAUAUACAUAAAACGGAAUUUUUCAUCAACGGA